GGGAGGAUGAGGAGUUCUGGGACAGCCAGACUCUCCCCUCUGUCCCUCUAUCCUGACCCAGCCCCUGGCAGCUCCCCUGGGUGCUGGGACGGGAUAAAAAGUGACUCUGGGUUUCCCAAUCCAUGGGGUUCUUCUUGCUCAAUUGUGCCCUGGCAGGAUGCAGUGCCAUGAAUGCAGGUCCCCGUGUGGCCCCUCCUCACCCCUGAGGCUGAUCCUGGGGUAUUUCCUUGAGGAUUACCGUGGCUUAGAGUGUCCAAGUCCCCAGUUAUCCCAGUGUGCGCGGGAGGAGAGUGUUUUCUAUGACAGUGCUGAGCUAAACUCAAGCUGGAUUUGUAAAGCAGCAUGGGAUGGUGCUGGAUUCUGGCAUAAUUUGGGGCACAAAGCUCCUGGGAAUUCCUACUUUGGUUUUACUGGGUGAGAUGGGGCUGUGAAUCAGAUAAACCCCUGGGAUGGGGUAGGAGUUGUGGGGCUCAGUGGGGAUCAUGUUUGGGACAUGCAAAACCUCUUUCCAGAGCUCACUAUAGUCUUUAUUCCCAUUUUUCCUGACAAGUCCAAGGUGGAGGACAUCGUGCAGGAGGUCUAUGAUGCCUACAAGACAAACCAUCACUCCUCACAGUACGUCCUGCAGCGGGAGAAGCACUUCCAUUACCUGAAGAGGGGUCUCCGGCAGCUCACUGAAGCCUAUGAGUGUCUGGAUGCCAGCCGCCCCUGGCUCUGCUACUGGAUCCUGCACAGCCUGGAGCUGCUAGACGAGCCCAUUCCCGAUUCGGUGGCCUCUGACGUCUGCCAAUUCCUGAGGCGCUGCCAGAGCCCCCAGGGUGGAUUUGGGGGGGGUCCCGGCCAGCACCCCCACCUCGCCCCCACCUACGCCGCCGUCAACGCGCUCUGCAUCAUCGGCACCGAGGAGGCCUUUGGCGUCAUUGACAGGAAGAAGCUCUUGGAAUACCUGUACUCGCUGAAGCAGCCGGAUGGCUCAUUCCUCAUGCACGUGGGUGGAGAGGUGGAUGUCAGGAGCGCCUACUGCGCCGCCUCAGUGGCCUCGCUGACCAACAUCCUGACACCUGCACUCUUCGCUGGGACGGCCGAGUGGAUUGCCAGGUGCCAGAACUGGGAGGGUGGGAUCGGCGGCGUGCCGGGCAUGGAGGCGCACGGCGGCUACACUUUCUGCGGCGUAGCCGCGCUGGUCAUCCUCAAGCAGGAACAUCUGCUGAACCUCCGGAGCCUGCUGCACUGGGUGACCGGGCGGCAGAUGCGCUUUGAGGGCGGAUUCCAGGGCCGCUGCAACAAGCUGGUGGAUGGGUGCUACUCCUUUUGGCAAGCCGGGCUCCUGCCCCUGCUCCAUCGGGCACUCCAUGCCAGGGGCGACCCAGCGCUGAGCAUGGCACACUGGAUGUUCGACCAGCUGGCACUGCAGGAAUACAUUCUCCUGUGCUGCCAGUGCCCAGCUGGCGGGCUGCUGGAUAAGCCAGGAAAAUCCCGGGAUUUCUACCACACCUGCUACUGCCUGAGUGGGUUGGCCAUUGCACAGCACUUUGGAAGUGGAGAUCUCCACAAUGAGGUGGUCCUGGGUAUCCCUGAGAAUUGCCUGCAGGCCACGCACCCUGUCUACAACAUUGCCCCGGAGAAGGUGGCGAGGGCGGUGAUGCACUUCCUGCAGUAUCCUGUGCCCAGCCUGGAUCCGGCACCCGCUGCCCAGUAGGGGGGUCCUGCUGCUGGCUCAGGGGGCCGAGCCCCGGGAACGAGCGGCACAGCCCAGCCCAGCCCAUCCCCACGGCGGCCUGGCCAGGCAGAGCACGGCGCUCAGGGUGCUAGCAAUACCAAAAUCCAGCCUGCUCCAGGCUGGGUGUCCUGCUGCCAUCCUGGCCAGAGCCCAGGUGGGACACGGGCUCUGGCAGAGCUUUUUGGCAUCAAUAAACCAGAAGUCACACCCGCCGUGUGCUGGUGG